AUGGACAGUAAAAAAAGGGUUUGUAAGUGCCCCCCAAAAUUACAACAGGUUUGCAAGCAUGCCAAAAUUGUCGAGUGUAAGGAUAUAGCAGAAAUUAUUGAAGCUCUAACUGACCAGGAUAAAAGUUCACAAAAGAUCCGAAAAAUAAGGCAGCCACAUUUUAAAACAAAACCGUUCAAACCUCAUCAUUAUAAAGAUACGUGUAUUCCAAUGGCUCCUUCAAUGCAUACAAGGUUAAGGUAUAUCGGACACUGCUCACGGGAACCACCAAGAAGGACUGGACUGGGAGGGACUGAUUUAAAAUCGAGACAAAUGUAUUCUGGACUUGAUGUUGAAUCGUCGUCCGAAGAAGAAACGGGUGGAAUUCUAAGGAAAGACCGUGAGAAGGAUAAAAAGAAAAAGAAAGUGCGAUAUUUCGACUUAUUACCCGGCGAUAUUACUUUCACGGUGCCUCCGCCUGUCAUAAAACAUACCGCAUCUGAUAAAUCUAUUUUUAAUGUGCCAAGCCCCAAAACGAGCGGGGAAGUAAUACAGGCUCAGAAAGCGGCUGUCAAGCCAGGCGAAAACAAACCGCCAUUGCCACCAAAAUCUGGAUAUGACCUAUUUAAACCACACAGUGGUAUUAUUGUCAAUAAAGAAAAAUAUUUUGCUCCUGAUGCUGUGUUUAUGCCAGGACCAAGAAAAAUUUUAAGUGAUAAAGACAAGCCGUGUCACAGAGGCGGAUUUUCUUCGGAAGUGCCUUACACGAAUAUAGGAGUAACGGAUGGAAAGCCAAGAGCCAGAGGAACGCAGAAACAUAUAAAAGACGACGAUUCAGUGUGUGGUGUGGAUGAAAUACCGAGGCCGGAACAUGUACAAAUACCAGCAAAUUUGAAGCGUGGUACUUUACAAACACAUUCGUUAACAGUGUUGCCGUGUACUAAAGAGCGCAGGCAGGAAAUACACUAUGGCAUACUAACUGGGUCUUUUAAUAUGUAUGAUGCAAAAUUCAGCGCUAGAUCCAAAGGCAGACAAGCUCUUACAAUGAGUGUAAUGGCAUAUUGCUUGGCAUUUCAUUAUCAUCCUAAGCAAUGGACUAUGAAAUUGGUCGAUAAUCUGGUAGAUGCUGGGGAUCAAUGGUACAUUCAAUGCUUGGAAAAGGUUCACGAUCAUUCUGCGGUACAAGGAAUGUGCGAAGUUCUACCGUUUGGUAAAAAGCAAACGUUGUUGUUAAAUGGGAAACGAAUGCAGAUAUUAUUGGGAGAACCGGACAUUGUCGGGUACACGAUGUCUUUAGACCCAACGGUUUACAAUCUCUGUCGCGGUUUAAAAGCUUUUUUUAGGGAUAAUCGUGCUGGUAUUUUAUUGACUAGGGUAUUCAAAGUCGUAAUAUGGAAAGAUAAAAUAUGCUACUAUAUAUUCGAUCCAGCCGGUAGAGAUUCAAGAGCGUAUUCCAAUUUCACGAACGGUUGCGCUGCUCUUAUAAACGUUAAAGAUUUAAACUCAGUCGCUGAAGUUCUCUUGGCACGGAGCAUUGUAGAGGAUCAAAAGUUUGUACUAGCAUCUCUUAAAGUUUUAAAAAUGGUAGAUGAAACAUGUGACGAAGAUUUUGAUUCCGACAAAGAGCUAACACAAGCGGAAAAAGCUGUGAUGGGCUACAGGAUUCUAAAUGAAAAUUGUGCGAUCGUAAAUGCUAAUAUGCAUUUAGGUGACAGAUGUUUCGAGGACGCGCAAUAUCGCCAGGCUUUGCCAAUAGCUAUUGUAGCAAUGACUUAUGCGAAAAUCUCACCCCCUAAUACAUGGUUUUCUAAAACUUUAGAUAAAGUUUUACGCUUAGGCAACAAACUUUAUAUGGACUGUCUGCACCCAAAAGUUAUGAUUGAUAUGACUAUCGAUAACAUACCGAAUGAAAUUAUAGUUGGGCCUUAUGCGUGUGAAAUAAUAAUAUAUAGGGAAAGAGUUAAAGGACAAUUAUUUACAACGAAAGAGUGUUUAUUGAACAUACUUACAGGACUCGAAGAAUUCUUUAGCCACGAAUACAACAGCGGUAUUCUCGAGUUUAACAACUACAUGCUAGCUGUAUGGAGGCAAAAGGAUAUGUUUUAUUUAUUUGAUCCUUAUCCAAGGACUUAUGAUGGUUUGAGAUCAUUUAAAGCUGGCAAGGCGUGUUGCUUGAUGCUCUUAAAUUCAGAUACCGUUGCGGCAGUUUUUACAAAAAAUUGGGAUUAUCUACCGGCUACUACGCAGUUUUAUAUUCAUGCAUUUAAAGUUCUUAAGUUAAAGAAGAAAGAACCUAAGGCCCAAAUAGUAUGUACUCUUAGCGACGAACAGUUACCCGGUAGUAAAAAAAUAAAGAGACAGAUUCUAUCUAUGAGUCGGGCUAAAGGGGAUGCGAAAGAACUCUACCACGAUGUUUUUGCAAUGGAAGAUUUUGAACAACCAGCAUCCGGGCCACAAAUGGAUGAAGAACAAAUGGGAGAUAUUAUUUCCUUAGUGGAUAGUAUACAAGAGGAUUACCUUCCACCUAUACCAUUAAGAUACAAAAAUUUGCCUCCAGAAGCUUUCGAGGAAAAAAUAGUGAACCUGGACUCGCCGACGGUAUCGGUGACGCAAGUGGUGCCGCCGUGGCCGCGCGUGCGCGACAAGGCGCGCGAGCCGCCCGAGCCCGACCCCGACCCGGAGCCCACGCCGCCCCCCACACCGCCAUCCUUGCCGCCACCAGAGGAUGGUGCGGAAGAGGAGGAAGAAGGUGAAGAAGAGGAAGAUGAAGAAAGUGCAAAAAGAAAAAAAGAAGAACUGGAAAGAAAAAAGGCGGAAGAAGAAGACGCUCGCAGGAAAGCCGAAGAGCUGCCGCCUCCGCUCCCUCCACCACCAUCUCCACAACCAGAACCAGAAGUACCGUUGGCACAACCGGAACAAAUAAUUGAAGAGGAAGUUCAAACCUUGCCACCAGUGAAUGUUAAACGUGAAAUAUUAUUAGCAGAAGAUGCUCAAUACCGCUUCAAAUUGCGUCAUCUUCGCAAGAAAAUGACUACGCCAUUAAUAGAAACAAAUUUAGAACUAACCGCUGAAGAAGAACUCGCAAAACCGAACAAUUUCAAGAAUUUACCGGAUAAUACGCAGAUAAUACGUGGUGCAUCCGCCAUUACAGAAAAAACUAUAGAUGUACUGCCUUUUGCAGCGAUCAUGGCGGUUGUGACCUCCUACAAGUAUACCGUGAACACGUGGACAGAGGGAAUUGUCAACUUCGUAGUUGAAACUGCGAAAAAGUUAUAUGAGAAUAAGUUGGGGAAGUUUCAAUUUGCACCGGUUCAUAUUAUACCCAAAAUUGCUAUUGGACAUCAAGCCUACCACGCUAAAAUAGAUGUUGUAGAGGAAGGUGCUACAUGGCAGCUAGAAAAUAUUCUUGGCAGAAAAUUUCUAGUGAAGCAUGACAGAGGAAUGAUCACAACAGCUACUUACAGUUGUGCCUUCUUUAAAAGAAACAAUCUUUACUAUUUGUAUGACGCGAGUUCUUGCAAUGCUAUGGGUAUGAGAGAAGCGAAUGGCAAAGGAAAAGCUUGCUUUAUGCGAUUUCAUACGUUACAUGAUCUUGUUGCUAGAGUGCAAUAUAAUAGAGAUGGAAAAGGGGAUCAACAGUUUAUAUUGAGCAGAAUAGUUGUGCGAAGGUUGUUGAUCGAACCACGUAUGAAGUUACCAGAAGAUUACGAUUUCGAAACUGGAAUGCCAAAAUCAAAUAAAUCUAAAUUUUCUCUCGCUGAAUCUUCACCAAAGACAUCUGAAAAAAAGAAAUCUUCAGUUGAAACACCUGAAGUGAAAAGUGAAACUGUAGUCGGGUAUCAACAAUUCGGUGGGGUUUAUAGAAUAGAAGGGACCACUUCAUUGAAAGAUAGGUCAAGCGGGGCGUCUACAAUAAAAGAUAGAAAGGACGGUACAGAAGGUAAAAAUGUUAAAAAUGCUAAAGACGGUAAAGAAAGUAACGACGGUCAAGAUAUUAAAGGUGGUAAAGGCGGUAGCGUAAAGCCGUGUCAUUUUGUUAGUCUAAUAACAAUGUUAAUGGCCACUAUGCAUCCAAUAAGAACAUGGGAUCACGAAAUGGUAGACAUUUGCAUUGAAAAAGGACUAGAAAUUUAUUCGAAAGCCACCAACCUUAGCGUAUGCGAGAAAAGAGUCAUCAAGAAUGUAAUACUAGAUGGUAAAUUUGUUAAUGUCAAUAUUAAGAAACUAAUUGUGGUUAAUGAAAAUAAAGUUAAACGUUUGGAACAAUACUUAAAGGCAGUUCUACAAAAGCUCCGCUUCGUUAUAAUCAAAUUUAACUCUUGUAGUAUGGUGAUUUGUCAGACUGAUGGAUAUUAUCAUUUGUUUGAUCCAUAUCCACCUCCACUGGACUCCGAAUCCAAAGCAAAGACGAAAAGGGGUUCCGAAUCUUCAGUUCCAUCGCAAAAAAAAGUAGGAGAUGUUGCCGGAUGGACACUGUAUAGGUCUUUAGAUUCUUUAGCAAAUAGAAUAAAAAAAGUCGUAAAAGAACCUAAUUCACCAGAAUUCUACACUUUUGAACUAACAUCUAUAAAGACAGCGCCACUACACUCAGCACUAAACUAUAGAUUGAGUCCGCUCUUUAAACCUGAUGACAAUCCUAACUUGCCUUAUAUGAAGCAAAAGAGAAUACGUCCUAUAGUGGAUGAAAAAAUGUAUUGGUUAAAAAUCGAAAGCGUACCGUGGUCAAGACUAAAUGUGGUCAAUGAUUUGGGAUUCGAAAGGAAAACGCCAAAAACAAUGUGGCGAGACUGGGAUAUUGAAUUUCCAGGGGAUCUAUAUUCUCUAUGGGGUUCCCUACAUCCCUUAGAUUCGAAAUUCGAUGAAGCAUACCGCGGUAAACAGUAUUUGGCGACUUGUGUCAUAGCACUCGUUAUGACUAAAGCUUGUAAUCUCAAUGCCUGGACCAGUAGCUUAUUGGAUGGGAUCGUAGAAAGUGGUAAUAUUUACCACGAGAAAUGCCAUGAAAAAAUUGUUGGCAGCAAAAAUCACGAGAUAACUCUAGAUGAUUUGAAUACUACAUUUGAUGUGUAUCCCUUCUCGUUCACAGUCAAAUUUGAUAAAAUUAUAUUCGGGUUUGUUUAUAACAUUUAUCCCGAUAGAUUCAAUUUAAGCAAGGCCUUGGUGUACUUUUUUGAGCAGAAUUCUAUGGGAAUACUAAUGAGUCCAGCGAAGAAUUUGGCUUUUGGGAAAAUAGGAAGUUCAUACUUUAUGUUUGAUUGCCAGACCUAUGGAACCCCCAUAUUUAGUCCCGGUCAGGGAGCUUCAUACAUACUAAAGUGCGAAAGCCUCAAUAGAUUGAUAUACUGUAUGGCAGUUACUUUGAAUAUUAGACGACACGGGCAGCAAUUUCAUUUGUUUAGUGUUAAUAUAACUCUUACUGAGAAAACAAAA